AGGUUCCUAGCCAGGAUGUGGCCCCUGUUGACGGUGUGCGUGAUCCUUGGUGGGGCAGUCUCUUCUCUGCGGUGCCCUGACGGACUCUCAUGCGAGGGACCCCACGGCUGCUGCAGGCGUCCUGGGCGGGAUGGGUAUGCCUGUUGCGACCAGCCCCAGUUCCUAGGCGGAUCCUUGCGCAUGUUGCCUCCAAGCACCCUGAACGAGGAGUCUGGCGUUGCCUGCCCGGAUGGCCGCUCCUGUCCUCUGGAGUACUCCUGCCUGCGUACUCUGGAUGCUUCCUAUGGCUGCUGCCCCUAUGGCCAGGCGGUUUCCUGUGCUGAUGGCCACCACUGCUGCCCCCGUGGCUUCCACUGCAGCGCUGACGGGCGUUCCUGUUUCCAGAGCCGAGGUGGCCUUCCUGCCUCCACCGUGGAUGCCGUUCAGUGCCCAGAUGGAGAGUCCCAGUGCCCCAAUGAGUCCACCUGCUGUUUGAUGGCCGACGGCACCUGGGGCUGCUGCCCAAUGCUUGAGGCCUCCUGCUGUGAGGACAAGAUCCACUGUUGCCCUCACGCUACCACUUGCGACAUGGCUCACUCGCGGUGCUUAUCUGCCUCCGGGGAGCAGCCCCUUCAGACGAAGUUCCCAGCCUGGAGACGAGCGUCAGUCUUAGCUCCGCCUCAGAAAAACAUCUGCCCAAACAAUGAGUCCACCUGUCCGGAGACAGCCACCUGCUGUGCACUCCAGACUGGCCAGUUUGGCUGCUGCCCUCUCCAAAAUGCGGUGUGCUGCAGUGACCACCUCCACUGCUGUCCGCAGGGCACCACGUGCGACUUGACCCACUCGAAAUGCACCUUGACCCCUCGCUGGUCAUGGCUGAUCUCCCACCUUCUUGUGGACCUCCAGAAAGCUGGCGAUGUACAGUGUGAUGCGACGCACAAAUGCCCGGAUGGCCACACCUGCUGCCGGCAAUCCUCCGGUGACUGGGGGUGCUGCCCCCUAGAGGAGGCUGUGUGCUGCUCGGACGGUGUCCAUUGUUGCCCCAAGGGUUACACCUGCAACUUGGCACAGGGCACCUGCGAGGCGGGUGUCAGCAGCAUCCCCUGGCUGGCGAAAUCCUCUGCUGGUUUUGUGAGGGACGUCACAGGCUCUGCCGCCUCCGUGGUGCACUGCGAUGCCCACAGCACCUGCCCGGAUGGGCAGACCUGUUGUCGCCUAGCAAGCGGAAGUUGGGGCUGCUGCCCGUUUCCGCAGGCGGUGUGCUGCCCGGAUCACCUCCACUGCUGCCCCAGCGGCUUCCGUUGUGGGCCCUCAGCAGGCACCUGCGUGAAGGACGGGGAGAGCAUCCCUUGGCUGGAGAAGGGACCUGCAGGUGUGCAUUCCGCCUCUUCCGGCGGGGACGUCAGGUGCGACGACCAAGUCAGCUGCCCCGAUGGGCAGACCUGCUGCCGGCUGGCCUCAGGCACGUGGGGGUGCUGCCCCCUACCCCAGGCUCUCUGCUGCGCUGACCAUGUGCACUGCUGCCCCAAGGGCUACACCUGCGACGUGGCCCACGGCAGCUGCCUGCAGUCCUGGCACGCCCUGCCUUGGGGGACCAAGCACCCUGCUGACCCUCUACAGAACCAGGACAUCCGUUGCGAUGGCACCACCAGCUGUGCGGAAGGGCAGACCUGCUGCAAGAGUAAGGCCGGCAUGAGCUGCUGCCAGCUGCCAAACGCUGUUUGCUGCGCAGACCAUGAGCACUGCUGGCCUUCGGGCUACACUUGUAACCUGAAAGCCCAGACAUGCGAAAAGCAGCAGCCCCAGUCUCCUGCCACCGAGGGAGUGCAGCCCUCCGUCUCGCUGAGUCCUUCACCCGCUGCUGAGUCCGGCCGCGAUGUGCCCUGCGAUACUCAGCACUACUGCCACGAUCGCCAGACCUGCUGCCAGACUAGCACAGGCGGAUGGGCAUGCUGCCCGUAUAACAAGGGCUCCUGUUGCUCUGACCAACGCCACUGCUGUCCCUCGGGCUUCCGCUGCUCCUUGUCGGGCUUGCAGUGCAUUCGGAGAGGGCCCCUCCUCCGUUGGGACGCCGACAUGUUUGCCUCGCGCUCCAGACAAGCCGUCCCGUUGCUCUGAAGUGCCUUUUGGGGUGUGCUUGCCCCGAGGUUGAGGUGGGACUGAGCUGUGCUUCUCCAGGGAGGAACCAAGACACGGGAGCAAUUUCUGCUAAGUUGCUGUUCCAGCCUUGAGGGGCUGGGGUGGGACGGGGGGAGGCAGGCGUCUUUCCUUCCCAGGCACUGUCUACAGUCACAAGCCGACUCUUGGGGGCCCGCUCUUCACUCCUUGCCCUGCCACGUGUGCAACCACAAUCACGACUGCUGCUUGGACUCUGGGAAUAGUUGACCUCCCCGCCAGGCAGUUCUGUGAGCUCCGUCUUUUUUGCUUUGCUGCUCUCGACUCUGGGUUGUUUUAAAACUUUUCCAUGCUCUCUCUUUUUAAAAAAAAGAAUAAGAAAA